AUGGCCCGGAGGCAGGACGAGCAGAGAGGGGGAGCGCCCUUGAUGGCGGAAGGCAAGUCGGACGCGGAGGUUAAGCUCAUUCUGUACCACUGGACGCAUUCCUUCAGCUCUCAAAAGGUGCGCUUGGUAAUUGCUGAAAAGGCAUUGAAGUGCGAGGAACAUGAUGUAAGUCUGCCCCUGAGUGAGCACAAUGAACCCUGGUUUAUGCGUUUGAACUCAACUGGAGAAGUGCCCGUCCUUAUCCACGGGGAAAACAUUAUUUGUGAGGCCACUCAGAUCAUUGAUUAUCUUGAACAGACUUUCCUGGAUGGAAAAACACCCAGGUUAAUGCCUGAUAAAGGAAGCAUGUAUUACCCACGGGUACAACAUUAUCGAGAACUACUUGACUCCUUGCCCAUGGAUGCCUAUACACACGGCUGCAUUUUACAUCCUGAGCUGACUGUGGACUCCAUGAUCCCAGCUUAUGCAACAACAAGGAUUCGCAGCCAAAUUGGUAACACAGAGUCUGAACUGAAAAAACUUGCUGAAGAAAACCCAGAUUUACAAGAGGCGUACAUUGCAAAACAGAAGCGACUUCAAUCAAAGCUCCUUGACCACGACAAUGUCAAAUACUUGAAGAAAAUUCUUGAUGAAUUGGAGAAAGUCUUGGAUCAGGUUGAAACUGAGUUGCAAAGAAGAAAUGAAGAAACCCCAGAAGAGGGCCGCCAGCCAUGGCUCUGCGGGGAAUCCUUCACCUUGGCUGACAUCUCGCUUGCUGUUACACUGCAUCGACUGAAGUUCCUGGGGUUUGCGAGGAGAAACUGGGGAAAUGGAAAGCGACCGAACUUGGAAACCUAUUAUGAGCGUGUCUUGAAGAGAAAAACAUUUAACAAGGUUUUAGGACAUGUCAACAAUAUAUUAAUCUCUGCGGUGUUGCCAACCGCAUUCCGGGUGGCCAAGAAAAGGGCCCCAAAAGUUCUUGGCACCAUCCUUGUGGUUGGUUUUCUUGCAGGAAUGGGAUAUUUUGCUUUUAUGCUUUUCAGAAAGAGACUUGGCAGCAUGAUAUUAGUGCUCAGACCCAGACCAAAUUAUUUCUAG